UCCACCCACCAAAACACCAAAGAUGGCGACGUCUCCGGGUACGGUGGUGUCUUCUCCUCUCUCUUCGGCCUCCUUCAGUCCCAAACCGGAUACGCCAUGCCCCAUGUUCGACGGAGACCAGUACAAAUGUGAUGUUAUCGUUGGCAUCAGGAAGACUGUGGCCAGCUUGUCUCUGAUUGGCUGCCUGUUCAUGAUCGGGGUAAUCUGGCUGUUCAGGAAGUACAGGUCCUUUGUGCAGCGAUUGAUCCUGUACCUGAGUAUAGCAGCCCUACUGGAUGAUAUAGCCUACCUCAUGGGAGACCUCCAUCCAGAUGGUACUCUGUGUAACUUCCAGGCAUUCCUACUCACUUUCUUUGAAUGGUCAGUGUUACUCUGGGUGUGCUGUAUCACCUUCAACUUGACCCUGAACAUCAUCUGGAUGACCCGGACUGACAAGUAUGAGAUAGUGUACCAUGUGCUGUCGUGGGGGGUUCCCCUGAUCCUAGCCUGCCUCCCCUUCAUUGGCCACCACUAUGGACCGGCCGGAGCCUGGUGUUGGAUACCAAACCAGUACACACACUGGAGGUUUGCAAUAUGGUACGGCCCUUUGUUCUGCCUGCUGGGUUUGAUGGUUGUCGUCUACACCUGCAUUACUGUCACACUCAACAGGAAGGUGAAAAGAUGGGAGGGAACAUAUGACCCUGAUGUGGAGAGGAACAAGGAAAUGCUGAAGGAGGACAUCAAGCCCCUGCGAGCGUACCCUUUCAUCUACCUGGCUCUCUCCAUCUUCCCUCUCGUACACAGGAUCCAGAACGCGAUCUCCCCAGACACCAUGGUGUUUGCUCUGGUGGUUCUGCAUGCGCUCACGUCACCUCUGCAAGGAAUGGUGAAUGCUAUUGUUUACGGACUGGACAGAGAAACCAUCGUACGGCUCACUCCUACAUCCAUCAAGCUCGCCAUCCAGAGCCACUUGAACCAGCCCACCCUCAUCAGCGAGUACCCAUCAGCCCCUGUGCACUCCCAGGAUGCAUCAGCUGACCUUUCACCUGUGGUUGACCCCGAGAGUGACCCCCAGGACCAGGAGGAGAGCUGACAGUUACUCACAGGCACCGAGUAAGGAACUACCAUCGGAGAAGGGUAAACAUUUCGGCAGUACUUUCUUUAAUACAUAUUUCGCCUGUCCAAAAUUGAAGAAUUUUGUGUGCUUAAGAUUAAGCAAAACAUUGGAUUUGAUCUUGAAAUACAUUCGGAAGAAAAUGUGGGGAAGUUUGGAAUAGAAAUUCAUGACUGGAAAUGUGUCAAAGAUCAUGUAAAAUCUUGCGAUUGGCAACACAUUAUACAUGUAUGUUCUCUAGUAAACGAAAUGAAAAAAAUUAUGACAUAUGCUAAUACAAUAGAAAUCAAAAUUUGGAACAAAAUGUCUAAAUGUUAGGUAUUAUGUAUUUUGGGAAAAAUUCUGGUCGUUGAUUCCGUGAUGGUAGUGCUUUAGUCUGUGUCUGUGGAGAAUUGUGAGCUGCAUAAAAAGAUAA